AUGACCGUCCGCUACAAAUGGCUUAUCUUCCUCAUCCUAGGCGUGACAGCUAAGCUGGUUGAUUCAGUACCACCAUCCAACCCACAAGUGAUGCCGCCGAGCUCCGUUGUCACGGAGCUAAACAUCUGGACAUUCCGCGGCUCUGUUGGAGAUGGCAGGUUAUGGUUUGUCAAGUUCUAUGUGCCCUGGUGCCGCGGUUGCAAGCGUAUGGUAGGCCAGUACGACGAGCUGGCACAGACCUUUAUGUCGAAUAAGAACGUCGCCAUUGCCAGAUUUGACUGUAUGCAAGACGAAGACAUGUGCGAGCGCCUGGGAGUGGAUCGCACCCCAACCCUGAAGCUCUUCCUUAACGGCACGGAUGUGGAGACGUACAAGGCGGACUUUUACCACGUGGAACUUAUGACUCCUUUCCUGUUGCGAAUGCUGGAAAAAUACAUGGGGGAUAAAGCGAUCCAGGCGAGAGGCAACGGUGAUGCAGAUGCGACCGCAGCCGGUAGCGCUGCUGACCUAAACAAGGAAGAUACCGGCAAGCCUGCAGAACCGCACGCCGACAAGGCGACCGGCGCUUGCGGUGCGUCGGAGGCCACUGCCGGUGUGGAUACGCAUUCCGGUAGCGGCAUCCAGGCGACGCCGGUUGAGCCAGGUACGUACAAUAGGGCCCCAGGGGCGAGAACGUCCGCGAUGGAAAGGGGCGGAAGAGGAGCCGGUGCUGGCGUCGAAGAGGAAAGCAGCACCCUACACGCCGAAGCUCCUGGCGCGCCGACUGAAGGCGCUCCAGGGGUCGGUAUUGUGAGCGGGGAGGAAGUCGUCGUCACGACAAUAGCCGCCGCGCCGGUGCCUGCGUGCGGCGACGGCAUUCAUAGUGCCAGCGGUGGCGGCGCCGAGCCACUGACACGGCGUGGCCGUCAUGGGGGGCUAGCCAUGGAGACGCUUCAGCGCGAGAAAGAAGAGCUGUAA